AUGAAUGACUACAAGAUGCACACAAUGCAUUUUCUCAUCUCUCUCAUCUUCGCUUUGGUGCUCUUUAAAAGCUGUCAGUCUCUCAAUAGCACUGACUGCGGUCAAUACUACAGGCGUCCCGAGUACACGGAUAUUUCUGUCGAUUGCGGGACCACCACCAUAAACCUGGCUGUCAUCGCUUGCCCUGUCAUUUACACGGGCUACAAUGAGUCCCUGCUCAAGCUAAACAGCAUGACAGACCCAACCUGCGGUGGAACCCUGGACGUCACAGUGAUGCCUGCGGUUGUGCGAUUCCAGUUUCCCUUGAAUGCAACCAACUCCUGUGGCAGCACCUUCACAACGACGAGUGCUGCUGGCACUGGGAUAUUCUCUGACUUCUCCAAUAUCCAGACGGUGAACAUCAGCGGUGUAAUUCGAUCAAAUGACCCAACCACUGGCAUGGUGACCUACAACGCUGAUCUGAAGUACUUCUACUCCUGCUCUUACCCCCUGGAGUACCUCAUCAACAACACACGGGUUGAUGUGUCGGCUUCCUCCAUCGCGGUGAAGGACAACAAUGGCAGCUUCAUCAGCACCCUGAGCCUGCAGCUUUAUGCGGAUCAAAACUACACAUCCCCCCUGACUAUGCCACCACUGGGCCUUGAACUGAGGACUAAAGUUUACGUGCAAGUGAAGGCUACUAACCUGACAUCCCAGUAUUUUGUCCUCCUUGACAGAUGCUAUGCCGCAGUUUCACUCUAUCCCACCAACUCCUCCUACUUCAAUCUUUUUGUCUCGUGCUCCAGAGACCAGCUGACCACCAUGCUGGAGAACGGGCAGAGCCAGAAUGCCCGAUUCUCCUUCCCGGCCUUCCGCUUCAUUGAGCAGCAGAACCAAACUGUGUCCACCUACUAUCUGCACUGCAUCACCCGACUCUGUGAGCAAACUACUUGCAAGCAAUUCCAGUCAUGCUCCAGCACCUCCCGGAGAAGAAGGGAUGUGAGCCCCACGCCUCCACCAGGCCUCACAGACACCACAACUGUCACCUCCCCGCCCAUUAGGACCAAGACAGAAAGCAUUAUAUCAUCAAAAGAAGAGUUGUCAAGCAAAGGUGAAGCGUCUGGUACCUCCACCGGCCUGGGGGUAGCGGUGGGCAUCCUGGUCCUGGCCUGCAUUGGAAUGAUUGCAGUAGGAGCAAUCUUUUACAGACGACUCAACCUGCACCCUGGAAACUCCAAGUCGUACCAGGGCUAG